UGCCAAUCUUUCAAAACACCUCCAUCCAUUAUCACGAUAGCUACGAUCGGGUUCUCAUCCCUCCUCCAAUGAAUUCUCACCGCGAUUCGUCCUCGGUCGUCGACCUCAACGCUCCUCUUCUCAGCGCACAUCGUCAACACGAUCAACACGACCCCGACCACAGCCGUCGCCAGGACGAAGACGUCGACCAGACCGACCUCGAUCUGGAGAACAGCAGCGAGACUAUCACCGGGUUUCAACCUCCUGACCGCAAAGAACUCGCCACGAUGAUCAUCUCGGGGACCGUCGUCGUCCUCCUGAGCGUCGCUGCCGGGUUGACGACCGUGUUUGAUUGGGUCCUCUGAGUCGACUGAGAUCGCUCCAUGAAAUGAUGCAAGGCGACCGCAGUGCUCUCUCGCACCGUACUAUGCUACAGUAUUCAUAUUGAUAUCGAUACCAACAUCGGUCAUCAUUAUCAAGCGGUGUGGGGCUAUACCUGGAACUACUCCUACUCGAUCUCGCCUGAACCCUA